UAUUUACUCUCAGGACGACCCCUCCCGCAGCGACACGCAACCCGACCUGCAGGUGAGCAGUUCAGCCGCGGCUUCCCCGUCCCCCCAACCUCCCGCACACUCUCGGCGGAUUAUCCUCAUCGGUGGAAGCAGACAAAUGCGCGAAGUUGCGUUUCGGAUUUUUGGGAUUCACCAGCGGGACGUGGUUCCGCGUCUGGACGUGGAGACGAUGCUGUGAAGAGGCAGCGGUGUGGGCGCGGAGUUGAUAAAAGCUGUCAAUUAUCGGAUGCUUUUAAAACUGACAUGUGUACACCCAGUGAGACCGUGACCUGAGAGCCCACCCUGAGGGAAGACCAGGAUGCGCCCUAUUGCGUCACAGCUUUUAGCCCAGACCAAUGUUGGAGGCCGCCAUUGCAACCCUCCUGCUGCAGCCUUGCUGCUCCUCCUGUGUCUUGGCUUCCCUCCCUCUGUGGCUGUGUGCCCACUUGAUUGCAUUUGUGCCAGUGAUAUAAUUUCCUGCAGCGGCCGCAAUCUGUCCACGACGCCCUUUGAUCUACCAAGUUAUGCCACACGGUUGGACCUGAGCCACAAUGUUAUCACUACCCUGCCAACAGAUUGGAUUCCCCAACAAUUUGCCAGACUUGCUACACUGGUUCUCAGCCGAAACACCAUAAGCCAAAUUGAGGUAAAUGCUUUCAAUGUCACGCCACAUCUCCUGCACCUGGACCUCUCAUCCAACCAAAUAACAGUGCUUAACUUCUCCCUCUUCACUGGGUUGAAUGAACUGAAAGAACUCCUGCUGUAUGACAACCAGAUCGUCCUGAUCAACCCAGGGGCUUUCAGUGAUCUUCACAGCCUGCAGAGGCUCUACCUCUCAGGGAACAGACUGAAGACUUUUCCCUUUGGGCUGUAUUUUGAACCUGGAGGGCCCCGUAACCUGACCUUUCUUGAUCUGUCCUACAACAGGCUCUCUCAGGUGCCUGUCCAGAGUCUGCUGUCUCUCACCCAACAAGGUAGCAUUUAUUUGCAGGAAAACCCUUUGGUCUGUGACUGUGCUUUACUCGCCUUACUUGAGUACUGGAUGUGGAAACAGUACCAACCCCUGAUGGACUUCAGAGAUGGAUACCCAUGCAGGGAUGAUUCUGGAACAGGACCUAUUUGUAACCAGCAGGGAGUGUCAAACAUGCCCCUUGAGUCUCAGACUUACCAAGAAGAGCCUGGUAAAUGGCUGAGAGUGCCAUGUCCAGGGUUGGCAUCUUCAACCCAGGAGGGCCUUGUGGUGUUCUGGGUUACCCCAAUGACUGUAUUGAAUUCAUCAACAAAUGAUCCAAGUGCCCAUUUAAUAGUUCUCCCCAAUGGCACCCUUGAAAUCCAAGGAGCACUGAUAGAGGAUUCUGGCACAUAUGGGUGUGUGGUAGCCCGCCAGCGCCACUAUGACCCCUACGAGUCUGUUGAGGUCAAUGUUGUGGUCGGAAACUUGAGCGCUGCCUCUGCAAGUGGCCUGACCCAUCGCAGUGGAACAGAGCAUUUCAACACUGCGUUCACUACCCUUGCUUCCUGUGUGGUCAGCAUCAUAUUGGUGCUGCUUUACCUCUACCUCACCCCCUGUAGGUGCAGAGAAAGCCGGGGUGGAUCGAGAGGGUGCGGUGGGCGAGCCAUCCUUCUCUGUUCAGACCCCAGAGAGGCAGAGUCAGGAGAGCGGCGGUCAAAUGGAAAGAGGGUGGCCUUCUUAGAGCCUCAAGCAGAGGUCUCAGAUAUUGGCGGUUCCAAAACACCAGCAAUGAACUUGGGUCAUGUUACCACUGAGGGAAUUCUAAAGAAUGGAAGUAAGACAGUUUGACAGACCCCCAUAGAUCCUGCUCAAAUAGCGUAGCAAGAAAAUUACAUUUUACACACAUGUAUUCCUAAAGUCUGAACCACAAUGCUUUUUUUUUAAAGUCUUGAUUCAGUACAAGGUGAAAACCUCCAUUUGAUGUAAACUAGAUUACUGUGAUUCUUGUGAAGUACUUUUCCACUGUAGGGUUUGUUGUUCUGAAGCAGACUGUUCAGUCCUUAUGUAUGGGCAGAAUAUCAAUCGUGUCUCAGCUGUGCUGUAAGUGGUCUGUUUUUCAUUCAAUUCAUAUGGAAAUUGUGUAGCUACCAAGAGGAAAUUGUCACCGCAAAGAGCAGAAAGAUCAUAAUAAUGUGGGAGGAUUUUUAAAUUGGGCAGAGAGGAAUAUUCACACCUGAUUUGAUAAACUGCAAGAGGCAUUGAUGGGUUUUGUACAGUAUAUACAUUGUGAAUGUUGCUGUCACAAAGAACCUUGUUAUUUUCAAUCCGUUUAUCUCUUCCUGAGGAGCAUAUCAUUUAAACAUGGCAGCUGUAUAUAUGUGAAAUUAUCUGAGCUUUGUCAGGUCAAAAUUUACCUACUAAUAUAACAAUGUGAAAGUCAAAUUUUUAUGUUUUGACAGUGUCACUUUUUGUGAUCUUAUCUAUGUACAGUACUACAUUGGAUGGAUGAAAGUCAUGAAGAUGUCAUUGAAUUAUAGACUUUCAGGUUAAAUUCACGGGGUUUAACAAAAAUAUAGCAUUAAUUGCUCAGGAAUUAGAGCCAUUUUUAUAAAUUGUCUUUCCAAAUGCACAGUCUCAGAAGUAACCUAUUUAAGGACAAGUUCUAUUCUUAUUGAAUUAAAGCUGAAAGUCUACCCUUCAAUCACAUCUUUAUGGAUUGGUCUAAAAUGCAAUUGGAAAUACACUGUCCAAAUACAAUACCCAAAGACAAAGUAGUUGCUCAUUGCACUGCUAUUUGGCGGUAAGAAAGUAAGAAAACAGACAGAUAAACCGAUUUGUUUUUAGUCUGACAAAAUGCAUUCAGUGAACUGAAUUCUCUUUAAAGUCUGGUUAACUCAAAUGACAAACCCAUUUCCUCUUUUUUUUUUACUAAAAUUGGGUCAUUUGAAAAGGGGUCAUUUGGAAAACUGGGACACAUGUUGCUCAUAUUGUUGUGACACCACAUAAAGUCCCAGUCCUCUCCAUUACAUUAGUGUAGAGACAAAUUCAAUCUGCAUGGCUGGAUUACCACUUGAAUUAGAGAUUUCUUUCUCAUUAUUUUUGUGUCUCAUUUAAUCUAAUGAAUAAGCAUGGAUCUUUUGCUUGACAAAUGCCCAAAUGAAAAAAGUAAAAGUAUAAAAAUGUGCCACAAAGGAAUACUUCUUACAAUGUCUGUAAAUAAAGAGACAGCAUCCCUCAUGCUUGUCAACCUGUUCCCUUUUCUUGCUGUUAAAAUUGGACAUCCCCGCUCAACCUCCACCUUGUGGAGUUGGGGCUCCUCCAUGAAGCCCCAGUCAGCCCAGAUCAGUGACACAGAAAUCAGAGGGAGGUAUGCCAGCGCGCCCCAAGCCCAUCGUGAUCUACAUUCCUUUGUCCUCCUUGUCAGUUCGUAUAGGUGUGGAAUCAUUUCCAACGUGCCAAGAGUCUUGUUAUAGUUUCCAUGGCUGUACAUGUACACACUCUCAACUUUAUAUAUUUGUUGUUCUGUUAGACACAGGAUGCAUUUUAAUUAGAAGCAGUGAAAGUAUCACUUUGUCAAGACUACAAUGACUGAUAUUUGUAGGGAUGAAAUAAACAGUUUCAAUUUUGCA